CUUUUGGAUAUGUAGGGUUGAGGCUUGAGUCAUGACGUCCUCCUUCCCUGAAGAGCUGCGGCCGCGGUCAUGUGACCAGGGCUAACGAGAAUGAGAAACGUGGUGUAGCUGGAUCGAGAAUAUCACCCUUGAGUGACUUCCCCACCCCCCCGUUUUCGUUUUUUGAGUGGUGGUAGCACUCCUGCGAAUUGCCUCUAUGGACUAUCUGUACUCAUUCAAGCCUGAGCCGUCGUCUCCGCACAGGCCGCUCCAACUGGACGAGGACGACGACGGCGACCUGAACAAGGCGUUGGGGGUCCAACGCUUCCAGCACAUCCUCAGGCCGUCCACUUCCGUGCCCGACGAGCAGCACCACAACUACCACGAAGAGGACAUCGAAUACCACCGCCACUCCUCCCACCACAUCCACCGCCCUUUGUCCAAGUUGCCCCAGGACGGGCGCCACAAAAAGAGCAGCAAGAAGAGGCGCAAGGAAAAGGACCACAAGAGCACCCACGCCCCCGGCAGCGUCCCCGUCGAGGAGGUCGAAGAUGAGGAGCAGCAGCAGGAGGAGGAGGAAGGGCAGGAAACCAGCGCCGCUUCCUCUUCCGAGCCGGUUGGGGUCAAGGAUGUGGAAUUCUUCUUGUCCGAUGACGACCACGUGGACUCCCCCACCCGGGAUCUGGACGUGGUCCCGCACUCCGCCGUGGGAGCCGAUCCUGACGACGGCACGUCCACCGAGAAGCCAGAGUUGUCAGACGUCCCCAGCCCGCCGCAUUCGGAUCACCCGCCGCUCGCCCGCUUGUCCUCGACAGGCCGAAGCUACGACCUGCAGGAUCGGCGGCGAACCGGCAACAUGACGGGCGCCGAGCAGGCCAAAUACCAGCGCAUCCCCACCGACGAGAUCGAGGCUCAGACACUCGUCUCCGCCGACCUGGAUGGCAUCAAGAGCCAUCGCUUCGAAGAUGUCCCCGGCGUUCGCAGACACCUGGUCCGAAAGAGCACCAAAGGCCAGGUGGUGCACACGGGCAAGGACCACAAGGAGUCCGCCACUCGCAGCCGAAAGCAGGACCGCACCCCACAUGAGGUGUUCGUGGAGCUGAACGAGCUGACCAUGGACAAGAACCAGGAAAUGCAGUGGAAGGAGACGGCCCGCUGGAUCAAGUUUGAGGAGGACGUGGAGGAGGAGACGGACCGCUGGGGCAAGCCCCACGUGGCCUCCUUGUCCUUUCGCAGUCUGCUGGAACUCCGCAAGACCAUCGCACACGGUGCCGUGCUGCUGGACCUGGACCAAAAGACCCUGCCCGGCAUCGCCCACCAGGUGGUCGAGAAGAUGAUCAUUUCAGACCAGAUCAAAGCCGAGGACCGCGCCAACGUCCUGCGGGCCCUGCUGCUCAAGCACAGCCAUCCGAGCGACGACAAGGAACACAGCAGCCCCUUCCCCAGGAACAUCUCUGCCGCAAGCCUGGGUAGCCUCAUGACCCACCACCAUGUUGCCAACCACACCCACACGCCCGAGCCCUCGGUCACCGACCCGCUGAUGAGCAGCGCGCACGCGGCGGGCGACUGCGACACGCACAUCGACGUCGAAAAGAAUGACGUGCAGAAAGAGCCCACCGUGGUGUCGGGCAUGCAUCGCUCCAAGUCCAAGCACGAACUCAAGCUCCUCGAGAAGAUUCCUGAAAACGCCGAGGCCACCGUCGUCCUCGUGGGCAGCGUGGACUUCCUGGAGCAGCCCACCAUGGCGUUCGUACGGCUGCAGGAGGCCGUGGAACUGGAGUCGGUGCUGGAGGUUCCCGUGCCCGUUCGCUUCCUGUUUGUCCUGCUGGGGCCCCCCACCACCAGCAUGGACUACCAUCAGAUAGGACGCUCCAUCUCCACGCUCAUGUCCGAUAAGCAAUUCCACGAGGCGGCCUACCUGGCGGACGACCGGCAGGACCUCCUGAACGCCAUCAACAGCUUCCUGGACUGCAGCAUCGUGCUGCCGCCGUCGGAGAUGGGCGGCGACGAGCUCCUGCGCUCGGUGGCGCGAUUCCAGCGGGAGAUGAUGCGCAAGCGGGAGGAAGGAAAACUGCUGGCCGACGAACCCAAAAGCCUGGAGGAAAAAGAAGCCCUGAUCACGCCUUUCAAGAAGUCCGAUGACCCCUUGGAGCGCACCGGCCGGCCCUUCGGCGGCCUGAUCCGAGACGUGAGGCGGCGCUACCCAAAUUACGUCAGCGACUUUAAGGACGCCCUCAACAGCCAGUGCAUGGCCGCCGUCAUCUUCAUCUACUUCGCCGCCCUCUCGCCGGCCAUCACGUUCGGAGGGCUGCUGAGCGAGAAGACGGAAGGUCUGAUCGGUGUGUCGGAGCUCAUCGUGUCCACCGCCGUGCAGGGCGUCAUUUUCUGCUUGCUGGGAGCGCAGCCUCUGCUGGUGGUGGGCUUCUCUGGACCGCUUUUGGUCUUUGAAGAAGCUUUUUACACUUUCUGCAAGUCCAGCGACAUGGAGUACCUGACGGGCCGCGUCUGGAUCGGCGUGUGGCUGGUGGUCAUCGUGCUCGUCACGGUGGCUUUCGAGGGCAGCUUCCUAGUGCGCUUCGUCUCCCGCUUCACGCAGGAGAUCUUCUCCUUCCUCAUCUCGCUCAUCUUCAUCUGCGAGACCUUCAUGAAGCUCGGCAGGAUUUUCAAGCAGCACCCUCUGAAGCGUUGCCCCCUCAACCCGCUCCUUCCUUUAAACGACACGGCGGCCCAGAACGCCUCCGCGGAAAACGUCACAGCAACGCCGGUCAACAUCGGCAACGUCACCGCCGUUCCCGAGGUGACCAAGAUCGCCGGCCCGACGGACGAACCCAACACGGCGCUGCUGUCGUUAGUUCUCAUGGCCGGGACGUUUUUCAUCGCUUUCUACUUACGCAAGUUCAAGAACAGUGCCUUCUUUCCCGGAAGGCUACGCAGGAUUAUCGGCGAUUUCGGGGUGCCCAUCGCCAUCCUCGUCAUGGUGCUUGUGGACAACAGUUUAGACGACACAUACACACAAAAACUGAACGUCCCACGCGGUUUCUCCGUGACCAAGCCCGAAAAGCGCGGCUGGAUCAUCAGCCCGCUGGGACGCGACGGGGAUUUCCCCAUCUGGAUGAUGUUCGCCUGCUGCCUCCCCGCUCUGCUCGUCUUCAUCCUCAUCUUCAUGGAGACUCAAAUCACCACGUGAGUGGACGGAAAAAAACCUUUGCCAUGCAUCUAACAUGAACCCAUGUUACAUAAACAACUCUGUUCAGUUUUUCGACACCGGCAAUAAUAAUAGCGACAGUCCAAGUCGAAAUAACACUCGCAUAAACUGGCAACUUCACACAAAACCUGAACUCGAAAACAAAUACGUAAACUCGAAGGUGUCGACUUGUCACUGGAGAAGCUCAGCGAACACGCCGCUAUCCAGAACCACUUUCUCUUCUUCAAGAGCGUCACGAAGUCUAACGUGGAGGCUGGCUUUGACGUAGUCUUCAUCUACCACCGCUUCUACCUGAAGGCCACCAGAUGCCCC